UGGCCGUAUACCAGUAAGCGUGUUUGUAAUAGAGUGAAAAAGCGCGGUCAGGAUUACUGAUGCAAUCCUCCUUAUUUCUUUUGCAAGCAUAUCCUGUAUUCCCAUAAGAAAUACCUUGGUUACGUAUAUAUACAAUAAGAUAUAAUUAUACAAUAACGUUGAGAAGAAGAAGGAGCCAGAGAAGAAGAUCGGUAUCGCUCAAUAUCGGUAUUAAGAUAUGGCGACAACACCCGAAUCAUUUGUGGACGAAAGAAUUCAGGUUAUAUUAAUCUUUUGGCAGGAAAGAGAACAAAAAUGUACUUCUUACAGCACUUUAACCGAAUGCAUUGAAAGUAUAUGUAACAAUUUUGAUAUAUAUUUAGUUGAGAAUAAUUCAAUGUGCCACUCUAUUGCAUAUAGUUUACAGGAUUUAAUAGAUUUUAUUCAAAUUAAAUUAUCUGCUAUGUAUUGUUUGAUAUAUGAGGCAGAAUUUGGAGGAUUUCAUUGUUAUGACAAAUUAUGGAUCAUCAACAAAAUAUACCAAUAUUUUUGCAAGGAAGUAGGGCUUGCAUGAAAGUACAUAACAUUACUAAAAAUUUGCAAACCAUCGACGGUCAAAUACGAAAAUAACACAGACGAUGAAUAUGACGAAGAAUUUCAUGAUACCUUGCGGCCCAUCACGAUGGAGGACUUGCUCAAAUCAUUCAGAAAAAUGAGAACAUCGAAACUACACAUGGGAACGCUUAGCACGAGACAGCUGGAUCUAGAUUAAGGAAAAAAAUUUAUCAUAUGUUAGUCGCUGUCUGUGUGACUGUUUUCUUGACAGUUCUUUGUGUGUUACAUAGAUGUUACGGCAACGAUGACAGUGAUAUUCUUUAUCAUGAAACUAUAAUCUUCAAUACUGUUGAAAGUGGUUUCCUUGUCGUAAACGUUUAAAAUUUUUAUAAAGAUAUAUAAUAAAAUAGCGCAAAUAGAAUCAUCGCGAGCGAAGUUUAUAAUUCCAUAGUAAAAGACAUAGAAGAAAAUUUUACAAUAAGGUGAAAUAAGAGUUUCCUUCUAGACAAGUUGUAUCAAGCGUUUGAUGAUAAAACCAAUGGCAUGAGUGUCAUUUAAUUCUAUUACAUAAAAAUUUUUGUUUGAUCUCAUUUAAUUCUUUUUGCAGAAAGUAUAAUUUUUUGUCGGCUAAAUAACAUAAUUUUUACAAAAUUAGCAAUUAAAGAAUUUUAGAAUAUAAUUUCUUUUUAUAAUAACAAAUAUAAAAAUAUAAUUAAAGCUAAUAGGCAUGUCCAACAUUUGUGUACGUAAUUAAAUGUAUAAGAAAGUAUUAAAUUGUGCAAAAAAGUGAAAAAGAAUUUCCGAUUCAUAAUCGCAGCGUUUAUGUGCUAUUUAAUUCCACACUUGUAAAUAUAUGUAAAGAAAGGUAUAUAUAAUAGAAUGCAUUAUAGAAUAUAAUACGGAUCUUGAUAAGAUAUGAAAAUUUCAAAUUUAACUCAAUAUUCAAUGCUAGUAUAUUGUCUCACUUUAUAAGAUCAGGGAGUUAUGUGUAUAUACAACUUGGUGAAAAUUACGGAAAUGAGUAAAUUUAUUCAAAUAUUUAUAACUUCAUUGAUCAAAAUUUAGUGUUUUGUUCACUUUUGUAAUUUUCACUCAUUUUAUGUGAUGCAUAAUCGAUCUCCCGGUUUUAUUUUAGAGAGAUUACAAAAUAUUAUAUAGAAAAGAAACUGAAACGCUAAAAAAAAAUAAACAUUGUAAAUACAAAGAACAUGUACACUUUCGCAAAAAUCUUCUGAAACUAAAUACAACAAAAA